AGCACAUUUUCCUCCUUGCGGUGUAUCUCGAUUCAUCCCAGACAUAGACGAGGCCAAUCAAGGCUCCAACGCUCUUCUGCUUGCCAGGCAUUAGAGUUGAGAACGACGUGUGAGGAGUUUUUCUUUCUUCCACCUCGCUGCUCCGCUUUCCUUUGCUGUUUUACUCGGUGCCAUUCCUCGUGGCUUACGUUCGAUUUCUCCGCUCGCCUCUUCUUUCAACGAUGCUGAGUUCAUCCAGCAGCAUUGGGGAGGUGGAUGACGGUCCCACAACCACUACCACCGUGAUGGACGACGCGCCAUAUGUGGAUAUGAGGAGGGAGGCGGCCCGAUACGUGGCGUGGAGUGCGACGGCGCCUCACGGCCUUCGAGCGACGACGGAGAGCGUCGACGACGCACUGCGCAGAAGUCGGAUGGAGGUGAUGCGAACGGUAGCGGCGAUGCGUGCCAGUGAGGAGGAGCUCAGCGGCGAGAAGCCCGCACGCCUCUUGGCGCCCCCGCUCCAAGAUGCCCACUUCCUCCAUAGCGGCGCACGCAAGCCACUCUACCCCCGCCGAGCCACACGGCACUUCAAAACGAUCGAGGACUUGGCAGCGGGUUCGCCUACAAAGGCGUCAGGCGAUCGCCGGUCGAGCAGAGUUGUGUGGCGCGGUGCGCCGUCCUACCCGGUGUCCGAGGGGACUCGUGACGGGACGGUGGUGUGGAGUGACCCCCGCAGCGCCGUCGCAGAGAAGCACCGGGCGGCCGUCGAAGCGGUGAAGCCGCACGUCGCAAUGAAGGUGGAACGGAUGAUGCAGAGUCACACGCGUUCGCUUGGCGCGGUGAAGCCAUACGGACUGACCCGCCGCGCCAAACAAGAGGACAGCAGGUUUGUGCCUCAGCCCACUGCAGAUAGUAACGAGCGCUACAUCGAUCGCAUGCAGUGCAGUCGCCCUUCCAAAGGGCUCUAUGUCUAUUACGAGUGA